CGCAGGACCCAGAACAGCACCACGCCCCACUCUGGUCGGAGCACCCCAAACAGCUCCCCAUCUCUCCGGAAGCGGCUGCAGCUUUUGCCCCCAGGCCGGCCCCCUGUGGAGCCAGAAGCAGGCAGCAUGGUGGAGAAAGGGUCAGAUAGCUCCUCAGAGAAGAGUGGGGUGCCUGGAACCCCCAGCACCCAGAGCCUGGGAGGCCGGAACUUCAUCCGCAACAGCAAGAAGAUGCAGAGCUGGUACAGUAUGCUCAGCCCCACGUAUAAACAACGCAAUGAAGAUUUCCGGAAACUGUUCAGCAAACUUCCUGAAGCGGAGCGUCUCAUUGUGGAUUACUCCUGCGCUCUGCAGCGCGAGAUCCUGCUGCAGGGCCGCCUCUACCUCUCUGAGAACUGGAUCUGUUUCUAUAGUAACAUCUUCCGCUGGGAGACCACGAUUUCCAUCCAGUUGAAAGAAGUGACUUGUCUCAAGAAGGAAAAAACAGCGAAGCUGAUCCCCAACGCCAUCCAAAUCUGUACAGAAAGUGAGAAGCAUUUCUUCACUUCCUUUGGGGCCCGGGACCGUUGCUUUCUUCUCAUCUUCCGCCUCUGGCAGAACGCGCUACUGGAAAAGACACUGAGUCCCCGGGAACUGUGGCACCUGGUCCAUCAAUGCUACGGCUCAGAGCUGGGUCUUACCAGCGAAGACGAAGACUAUGUCUGCCCUUUGCAGCUCAAUGGACUUGGCAGCCCCAAGGAGGUGGGAGAUGUCAUCGCUCUGAGUGACAUCGCUCCCUCCGGGGCCACCGACCGCAGCCAGGAGCCCAGCCCCGUGGGGUUACGUCGCGGCCGAGUCACUCCCAACCUUUCCCGAGCCAGCAGUGACGCAGACCAUGGGGUGGAGGAAGACAAGGAAGAGCAAACGGACAGCCAGCCAGACGCCUCCUCCAGUCAGACAGUGACGCCAGUCACAGAGCCCCCCAGUACAGAGCCCGCCCCACCUGAGAACCUCAGCACCCUGGGCCCCUUGGAUCUGCUGCCUAGAGACGAGCUAUUGACAGACACGAGCAACUCCUCUUCAUCCACGGGGGAGGAAGCUGACCUGGCUGCUCUGCUUCCUGACCUCUCUGGCCGGCUCCUCAUCAACUCGGUCUUCCACGUGGGUGCUGAGCGGCUUCAGCAGAUGCUCUUCUCCGACUCGCCCUUCCUGCAGGGCUUCCUGAAGCAGAGCAAGUUCACAGAUGUGACCUUGAACCCCUGGAGCGGGGAUGCAAAGUGCCACCAGCGUCGGGUCCUGACCUACACCAUUCCCAUCAGCAACCCUCUGGGCCCCAAGAGUGCCUCUGUGGUGGAGACGCAGACGCUGUUCCGCCGGGGCCCGCAGGCGGGCGGGUGCGUGGUGGACUCCCAGGUGCUGACGCAGGGCAUUCCCUACCAGGACUACUUUUAUACCGUGCAUCGCUACUGCAUCUUGGGCCUGGCCCGGAACAAGGCCCGGCUGCGGGUGUCCUCAGAAAUCCGCUACCGGAAGCAGCCAUGGAGCCUGGUGAAGUCGCUCAUUGAGAAGAAUACCUGGAGUGGCAUUGAAGAAUAUUUCCACCAUCUUGAGCGAGAGCUGGCCAAGGCGGAGAAGCUGUCCCUGGAGGAAGGUGGCAAGGACACUCGGGGACUGUUGUCUGGUCUCCGGAGGCGGAAGCGCCCCCUGAGCUGGAGGGGACAUGGAGAUGGGCCCCAGCACCCGGACACUGACCCUUGUGCCCGGGCUGGCAUGCACACCUCGGGCUCCCUCAGUUCCCGCUUCUCAGAACCACCCAUAGACCAGGGUCCUGGGGCAGGCAUCUCCAGCGCCCUGUUUCUUAUCAGCAUUGUCCUCAUCGUCCUCAUCGCCCUCAAUGUACUCCUCUUUUACCGUCUGUGGUCCUUGGAGCGGACAGCUCACACGUUCCAAUCCUGGCAUAACCUGGCUCUAGCCAAGGGGAAAUUCCCCCAGACGGCCACGGAGUGGGCUGAGAUCCUGGCCCUGCAAAAGCAGUUCCACAGCGUCGAGGUGCACAAAUGGAGGCAGAUUCUCAGAGCUUCUGUGGAGCUCCUGGAUGAGAUGAAAUUCUCCCUGGAGAAACUGCAGCAGGGCAUCUCUGUCUCGGAACCUCCGUUCGACCCGCAGCCGCAGACGGAUGAUGGCUUCUCCUGAGAGCCUCCGGCCGAACAGCCGUCGCCUCCAAAAUGGACAAAAGGACACACCACACCACAGAGUGAACCCCCCGGCCGCCACUGCUGGCCCAGUGUGAGGGCUGGAACUCUCCCGCCCGCCCCUCCCAGUGGCCCGACCAUGGGGGCCGUGCCGAAGCGGGGAGCCACCGAACCCAACGCAACCGGCCUGCCCAGCUGGAGAGCUGGCCUGGCCUUUGGCAGGCCCUGACUAACUUAUUUUACCCAGCUGGGGUUUGGAGGGGCUGGGUGGGGGGAGUACCCCUGGGUACCCGCGUCCCUCAGCUCUGGGGUUAAUAAUGUAUUAUAUUUAUUUGGGGCCACAGAGCUCUAAUAAAGGGUUAGAAAUGGC